UCAAUGACUGGCUGAUGAGAUUUUAUUGCAGUUAACAACGUCUCCUCAGAUAAUUUGAAGUUAAAUUCCGCACUAUGGCUGGAGAUGGAACUACAAUAAAAAAUCGGAUAACGAAUUUCCUCCGGUCGCCCUCCAUCAAACUGAAAAGGAGUCGCACGAAGGAAAACCUAACAACUAAGGUGACCCUUGAAAGGGUGCUGGGUGUCACAACCUCUGGGAACAGUGGCCUGACCUGUGACCCCAACACUGGCCUGGUGGCCUAUCCUGCAGGAUGUGUGGUUGUGCUGUUGAACCCAAAGAAGAACAGACAGCAGCACAUCGUCAACACAUCCCGGAAAGCAGUCACUACAUUAGCCUUCUCCUCAGAUGGCAAGUACCUGGUCACAGGAGAGUGUGGCCACCUGCCAGCGGUGCGUGUGUGGGACGUGUGUGAGGGCUCCCAGGUGGCCGAGCUGCAGGGUCAUAAGUAUGGUGUGUCCUGCGUGGCCUUCUCGCCCAACAGCAAGUACAUCGUCAGCGUGGGCUACCAGCAUGACAUGAGUGUCAAUGUCUGGGCCUGGAAGAGAAAUAUUGUGGUGGCUGCCAAUAAGGUGUCCAGUAAAGUGACGGCGGUGUCCUUCUCAGAGGAUAGCUCUUACUUUGUGACGGCAGGAAACAGGCAUGUCCGCUUCUGGUACCUCGAUCACUCCGGUUCUGCCAAGGUUGACGGCCCUAUGCCCUUAAUGGGCAGAUCUGGCCUGCUCGGAGAGCUCCAGAACAACUUCUUCUGUGACGUGGCAUGUGGGCGUGGCAGUCAAUCAGGAAGCACCUUCUGCAUCACUUCCUCCGGGCUGCUGUGCGAGUUCAACGAGAGGAGGAUGCUGGAGAAGUGGGUGGACCUCAGGACGUCCAUGGCCAGAUCCUUAUGGGUAACAGCGGAUCGGAUCUUCUGCGCGUGUGCAGAGGGCACCGUGCGCACCUUCAGCCCUGCGGACCUGCGCUUCUUGGGUACCUUGCCUCGCCCACAUCACCUGGGCACGGACGUAGCGGCUGUCACCCAGCCCAGCCACCUGUACUCCACCCAGCCAGAUGCACACUAUCCAGACACAGUGGCAGUGACCUUUGACCCUGCCAAUGGUUGGGUGACGUGUGUGUAUAACGAUCACAGCCUGUACGUGUGGGAUGUGCGUGACCUGCAGCGUGUGGGGAAGGUCUUUUCUGGCCUCUACCACUCCGCCUCUGUCUGGGACCUGCAGGUGUAUCCAGACAGUCCUGACGCUACUGAAUCGCUGCCUAGCUCCACCUCUUUCCUGACUUGCUCCGCUGAUAACACCAUCCGCCUGUGGCAUUCCGAUGGGCAGCGCUCUGUUCCCAAGGGCAACAUCCUUAGCAAUGACCUGCUGAAGGUGAUUUACGUGGAGAGUGGCAGUGCCACCAUGCUGGACACAGACAUGUGCAGCACCUCUGGGGUGGAGAAGCAGGACAGUGUGGCCCCCGAGGUCAGGACGGGCAUCCGCACCAUCGGCGUCAGUCCAGACGGCAGGCACCUGGCCUCAGGAGACCGCACCGGCACACUUAGGGUGCACAAUCUGAGCAGCAUGGAGGAGAUUCUGAAGGUGGAUGCCCAUGACGCUGAGAUCCUCUGUCUGGAGUACUCUAAACCUGAGACUGGUCUGCGGCUGUUAGCGACUGCGGGUCGUGACCGUCUCAUCCAUGUGUUGAACGCUGAAGAAGACUACGGCCUGCUGCAGACGCUGGAUGAGCACUCUUCCUCCAUCUCCGCCGUACGAUUUGCUGCGGCCGAUGGGAAGGUGAAGAUGAUCAGCUGUGGAGCUGACAAGAGUGUCUACUUCAGGACAGCCCACAGGACACUCAGAGGAAUGGAGUUCAAGCGCACUCAUCAUGUGGUGAGGAAGACCAGCCUCGCUGAUAUGGAUGUGGAUCCCACAUGCAAAUACGCAGCUGUGGGAUGUCAGGACCGCAGCAUCAGGGUGAUCUUCAACAUCAGUAAUGGCAAACAGAAGAAGUCCUUUAAGGGCUCCCAAGGCCUGGAUGGCAGCCUACUGAAGGUCCAAACUGACCCUUCAGGACUCUAUGUGGCCACAAGCUGCUCUGAUAAGAACAUCUGCCUGUACGACUUCCACUCAGGAGAGUGCGUGGCCACCAUGUUUGGUCACUCAGAAAUUGUAACAGGCAUAAAGUUCACCAGUGACUGCAGGCAUCUGAUCUCUGUGUCUGGAGACAGCUGCGUCUUUGUGUGGCGUCUGGCCCCUGAGUUGACCCUCAACAUGCGGGAACACAUGGCACUGCGCAAGAAGGCACAGACUGGCACCAUGGGCAAGAAUCCCAGAGUCAAGCAAGAGCUGCACAGUGCUCCAUCACUGAUUGGUUAUCAGGACACAGACAGUGAGAAGGAGGAGGAGGAGGAGGAAGAAGAGGAUGUUGAUGAUGAAGAGAUGAAGGUGUAUCAGGGAGAAGAGGCAAGGGAAGAGGAACUCAAUAAUCAGAGAGAUGCCCUGCAACAUACUACCUCUGAGAGCAGUGUAGGGGAAGACAUGGGAGCUUCAGAUGUUGUUGCUGACUGGGAGCCCGUCCAGGUCCAAACAGGGGCUGACAAUCCUCCCCAGCUUGCUGGUCCGGUCGAGGCCCAAGCCCGUCCCCGUCGGCGCUGGUCCUGUCGGGUCAGCUCUGUGGAGCUGGUGGUCCAGUCCAUGAUGGAGCUGAGGCAGCUGGACCUGCUGUCCAAAAUUGACCCAGAGGAGAACAGCCCGGAGCCCCAGCGCUGUACUUCCAUCCAGAAGGGGGCAGUGGAUCCCCCGGGGGGCCGUGUGAAGAGGCGCAGGCCACGGCCCCACUCCGCCUGGUUGGCCCCUGCCCUGACCCCUGAACCCGAGGGCGUGGUCCUCUACCCUGAGCAGCAGUGGGGCGGCAGCAGCGAGUUCCAGGUGAGGGCGGGCCACAGGUACAGCCAGGACUCGCAGGACUCCCGGUGGUCCCACAGCCGCAGCCCGGACAGCGCAGGGUCCCUGGGCUACUGCAGCGGCGUGUCCAGCCCCGACCACAGGAACCUCGACUCUGAAAGCCUGGAGGGCCUCAGCACAGACACGGAUGACAUCCACACGGAUGACAAUACAGAGGAUGAGGAAGAUGAAGAUGCUCAGUUUGAGACGCUAUCAGACCUCAGAAGCAGCACUGGAAGCCUUGGGAGAACUCUACACAGACCACUGCAGAGGACCACCAUCUCUGCUCGCUUCCUAGCUCAGGGGCACACCGCCUGGAGUCACUCCCGCAUCCCGCGACGGAAGGAUGAGUGUCAGAGUGUUGGCGAGCGGUCCCUAGUCUCCAGUGUGCGCCCCCUGCUGACAGACGAGGGCCAGUACAGGAGCUCCGACGCCCAGGGCCUAGAGAGGGGCAGUGUGAGCAGGGCCGCCGUGCCCAUGCGCAGGAGGACCCCAGGGGCAUGCGCAACCAGGGUCAUGGCGCCCAGUGCCCGGGCCCCGCCGCUGAUGCAGAAGUCCCUCUCCGCUCAGAACCUGUCUGGAGAUGGUGCAUCUCUCUGCCGUCGGAGAGCCACCACACCGUCUCGCCUGAGGAGAGACCUCCAGCUCGCUCCACCCUCCUCCCCUCAGUGCACCCCGUCGCCCUCGGUGACCUCCGUCAGCACGCCCUCCUCCCCACCCCAAUCCUGGAGGUCCCGCUCCUACAUGAGCCCCACCACCAGCUCCAAGGCCAAGGUCUGCCGCUCCGUGUCCGUCGGAGAGGGCCUCAACCUGGGCAGUGGCUCAGCCGAGGCUGGCCUUGGGUCCCCCGGAGUCCUGGAGCCCAGCUUGGGGAGCCCUGCCAAGGCACCAUUGAGGGCCCGCCUCUCUGUGGAAGGGAACAGCUUUGAUAGGCUGAGCACCCAUGCUCUCUCAGCCAAUCACAAGGAGGCUCAGGAGUAUGCACUGUACGGGAGCAGAGAGGGCCUGAUGAAUCAGCUCAGCCAGGCGUUUCCGGACAACAAGGAGCAAAUGUUUGUGGGGAAGCGAGUGGAGGAUUGUGGGAAGGAGCGGCCUCUGAUGGCCGUGCAGGCGUUCUCCGUGGUCACCGAGGACUCGUCCAGCGCAGGUGGGCUUCGCCGCCACCGUCGUUCGUCCUCCAUCAUCAUGGCAACUGUGCCGCUGCAAUAUCUUCCUCCUCAUCAUCAUCUUCCUUAUGACUAUCAUCUUCCUCCUUCUCACCAUCAUCUUCCUCAUGACUAUCAUCUUCCUCCUUCUCACCAUCAUCUUCCUCAUGACUAUCAUCUUCCUCCUUCUCACCAUCUUCCUCAUAACCAUCAUCUUCCUCCUCCUUAUCAUCUUCCUCACGAGCACUCAUCUCUCCCUCCCUGCUGCUCCUCUGCCUCGUGGCCUGUUUGCCACUCUGCUCUUAACCCUGUGUGCUCCAGUGUGUCCAGCCACUCCACAGGCACAGCAGUCAGUGUGGAGACGUGCCGGGAGGCUGCAGGAGAGCUCCAGAGGACGGUGGAGAGGACCAUGCAGCUCUACAAGAUGGUGAAUGGCGGGGGCUGCCUUGGGGGUGCUGAGCAGGAGGAGAUGGAGCGUGUGCUGGGGGAGGCGUUGGGCCGAGUGCGCUCCAUGGUCGACUGUGUCCCAGCAACACCGCCCAGGGUGGGGGAGGGACAGGCAGGGGGAGGGGGGGUGGCCCUGGCUCUGCUGGAGCAAUACUCUCAGCUGCUGCUAAAAUCUGUGGAACAGCGACUGGUGAGCAAGGUCUGAUCUCUCGCUCUCGCUCUCACACACACACACACACACAGACACACACACAGACACACACGCACACACACACACACACACACACACACACACACACACACACACA